AUGGUACUGAUUGGUCAGGCCCCCGGUCGAGUUACUGUUCACUUGACUGUUAAGGCAUCUGAUCAUUCCUCGGGACAGUUGGUGGGGCCUGAUGGUCGAUCUGUUCGUACGUUGCACGCUCAACUUACCGUGGUCAUCCUACCUCAUCUCAGCCUGGCUGCUCCGUUGGUUCCAAAUCCUCGCCAGCUAUUAAUGUCAAGCAAUUCUCGGUUUCACAUCAAACCAUGGACUGAUGUAAUUUCAAAUAGCCAAGUGCAAUACGAAGUCUCUUCCGCCCAUCCUAAUAGUAGCGUUUUUUGUAAGCACGAGGCGCUAAGCGUUUCUGCGGAUGGAGUUGUUCGCGUGCCACCACGCCAUCAAACAGUGGAUAGUUUUGGUCAGUGCUACACUCUGGUGAAACUUACUGCUUCCCCUAAGGAGCGUUUAUCACGUGCUGCCCUUCAAACAUCCCAAGACAGAAUGCUUUCCCAAACUACGUUCUUGGAGGUCAUUGUCAAAGAGCCUCGUUAUUUGAUGGUUACUCCUAUUCCUGGUGAAUACCUACAAACCAAGGGGCUCCUUGUUGGUGGUCCUUAUCGCUUCUUGAUUACUUAUCACGACGAACUUGGCAGGACAUUUGACUCAGUUUCAGAUGACUAUACGCUUCUCUCCAUGAACUUGAAUCGCUUGGACGUAUUUGACGCCCACAUGGAGUUCUCAUCAGUACUGAUUAACAGUCGCACGGCUACGCCCGUAGCUUCCAUGCAGUCUGCACACGCUAACGGUGAAAUACCCACGAGUUUUGAUCCACAUGGGUCUGUUCUGAUGAUCCGUGCUUUACCCGGUAGCACGGACACGAAAGACCGACAAUCUUCGUGGAAUAUACCCACCGUGUUACAGCUAAACAAUGCCCAAUCCAUACCUGGAUUUUCACCUUCCUUCUUGGGUCUGGUUGCCGGCGGUGAACUGGAUGUUCUCAGACAGACGUCUCUUUUCGUUUCCCAAUGGAUUUGUUUACCGGAGUUGAAAGUUGGUGGUAUUUGGUCAAGCAGUAAUCCUUCGAUUUUCUGGGUCGAUUCUGGCAAUCGAGUUCUUCUUGCGCGUCGCCCAGGCAAAGCCUAUCUGCUCUAUUCAUUGAUGCCUGCUAUCGGUAAAUCUCCAUUAGCCAAUAUCUCUUCUGUGGAUGGGGAUUAUUCGGUCAAACAAAUGACGUAUUUGGUCACAGUCAAUGUUUCACCGCUGGUCAGCGACCCGAAAUCAGCCAUUCAGCUAGUCUACGCGAACAAGGAAGAAACAGCCAUCGAGAAGGGUCCAGUCCUAUUUCCUAUCCUUUCCUCUGCAUCUUCCAGCACCAGUCUCACUUAUGGAGUUCUACGACUUCCAAUUCGUCUAGUGGGUCACGAUCAAGAAUCAAAAAGCGACCAUUCAACUUGCUCGUUCAAACUGGAUGGCUAUAGACGUUCUCUGGCGUCUGUUGCACCUUUGGAAUGUAACUUACAUAUGUCUAUUGCUGAUCGCCCCCCUGCUACUACGCAUCAUAAUGGUCUUGUACCCGAAUGGCUCAAUCUACUGGUUCUUUGGAACCAAAAUGAAACCCUGCACAGCGCUAUCGAAUCCGAUUCAGAUGCGCUCGCAUUGAUCAAUUUGUUCACUGUGAGCCUGGAGCCUCUGUUCCCUAACUCGCCAUUCUUUUCGGGCAACUCACAAUGGCAGUGUGUCGUACGUCCCAAUGCACUGUGGGGCAGAUACUCCCAGAUGUUGGGUCUUGUACUGGAACCAAGUACUAGACUCUCAGUGGAGUUGUCCUCAACAGAGGAGCCUAGAGAAAACAAUCCAACCCUUGCACGCCUCGAUGUGAUUCCACUUCCUGGAUUCCAAGUUCUAGUCCCUCCGGCAUUAUUCCCGGCUUCAGACAGUGCCACUCCAUCUCAUUCUGCAGCCUUUCAAUUUUGGAUCACAGAACCACAGAGCAUGCAUCGUCGUCUGCUAAUUUUUGUCCCACCAAUCACGGCGAACGCAAUGAACUCACCAACCCUCGGUGUGGACCGCCUUUAUGCUCGAACUAAAAACCCUGAUGUUCUUCAGGUUGUUGGGACUCCCAGAUCAAUAACAACAUUGGUCGAAGUUUCUCAGGUCCUUGCC